UAUGUUAAAAGUAGCAGUCUGCACAUUGCUCGUUCUUAGCAUAACAGCAAUUGAUAUCAAAGCAUCAGUUUGGACAAGUCAUGACUAAAAGAUGUUUGCCCAAAUUAAAUAAUCAGGAUGGGGAAACUUUAUCUUGAAUUUUGGUGAGCUCCAUUUAUCAACAGGUGGUAUCCUUGCAGAACUCAACACAGAGAUUGCCAAACUUGUAUCAUAAUGUGUCUAUUUAGAUUGAUGAAUUGGAUGAAGAAUUAGCAGAAGUCCAUCAUUAAUAUGCAAGAAGAACAGAUGUUCACAAUAGAGAAGUAACAAGACUUGAAUAAGAAAUCUAAGAUAAAGAAAGAGGUAAUAUUAUGAUUAAAAUCAUCAUUAGAGGUGUUCAAUGCUCAUGAUUUCUAUGAUAAUGUCCUUAUCCCAUAAAGAGAUAGAUUUGCUGCCCAACUUGAAUAAUUAUAAGAAAACAUCGCUUAAAAUAGAAAAACACUUAAUGAAGCAACAGUCUAAAGAGCUAAUGAUCAUGCUGAUUUUGAAGCUAAGGUUGCUGAACAUAAUGAAGCCAUAAGUGCCAUUGAUGAAUCCCUUGGUUUACUCAGUCAAUUAUCAGCUCCAUCACUUGUCUAAAUCUAAAAGGUAUAGAAGAAUUUGACAAAAAUCUAAUAAACCCUUAAAAGACACAGCACUUUCUAAACAUUCAUCAAGACUCUUAUUGAAAUUGCUGUUGAAGCUAACUUUGCUGAUUAAGGAGCUCUUAAAGAAGUAAUUUAAUUUUAUAAAUUUUAUUAAAGAUUCUUGUUGCUUUCAACAAUUUGAGAGUUUAAUUAGUUGAUUCACUUAACACAAUCACAGCUGAUGAAGCUGAAGCAUAAAAAGAUUUUGAAGCAAGAGUUAUUCAAUUAAACUAAGAACAUGCUGAAUUCUAAAGAGCAGUCGUUGUCAAAACAGCUGAAAUUGAAGCUAAUGCCAGUAUAUUUAUUAAUUAAAUAUAGACAAAAUCGAAUAAACUCUUGAUUUGAUUGAUGAAUUACAUGCUGAUUUGGAUACAUUGAAUGGAUAAUUGUAAGCCGAAAAUGACGAUUUUGCUUUCGCCACCGAUGUUUACAAUGCCACAGUUGCUGAAUACAAUAAAGAAUUGAAUGCUGCUCAUUAAGCCUUGGAUUUAUUAAAUUAACCAAGAUUCACCGAUUAUGUUAAAUCAUAACUCAAGGGUGCAUUCUGAC